AUGGCCCGUACCCGUCGAAAGCCUGCCAAACCCCAAAAGACGCCCGAGCAGGCGGGCGCCACCGAUGACGACGCGCAGGUCCACGAAAUCGGCGAGGAGGUCGAGGAGGCAGAAGAGGCCCAGGAGGAACGCUGCCCCGCCUGCCCCGAGGCCGUGGCCGGCGCACAGGUCGAGGACGCCAACAAGGAGAAGUGGGUACGCUGCGACGCGUGCAAGACGUGGUUCCACUGGCGGUGCGCGGGCGACGGCGACCUGGACGCGGUGGACAUGUGGUUCUGCAAGCCCCGCGUCAUUACGAUGAAGCCUCCCGCGCGCAAGUCGACGCGCAAGAAGCAGCAGCGGGACUACGCCGGCCUCAACGCAGGCCAGGAGGCGGACCCCAGCCGCUGGUUACGGAUGAUGGAAGGCAAGCCGAUCAAGAAGGACCCGUUCAAGCGCAUGCCCGGCGCCGACGUCGGGCUCGAGUGGCUGCAGAACGACGAGGAGGCGAUGAAGGAUCCCAUCGUGGUCGAGACGGAGGAGGGGCUCGGGAUGAAGAUGCCCCGACGGGCUUCUCCGUCGACGACGUCGCGGAGGCAUGUGGCAACACAGUCGAACGUGCACUGGACGCUGGGCAAGUGGCAGGAGUAUUGGAACACGGAGGCCGACAAGCGGGACAAAAUCCGGAACGUGAUCUCGCUCGAGGUUUCGGGCACGGACCUGGCGGACCGCAUCUUGCCUCCCCGCAUCGUCCGCGAGCUCGACUGGGUCGAGAAGUUCUGGCCGAGCACGAAAAAGGGCCGCGGGCACACCUAUCCCAAAGUCCAGCUCUACUGUCUCAUGGGCGUCGCAGGGGCGUGGACUGACUGGCAUAUUGACUUCGCUGGGUCGUCGGUGUACUACCACAUACUUCAUGGGAAGAAGGUCUUCUACUUCAUCCGCCCUACACCUGCAAACUUGGCAGCUUAUGAACGAUGGUCAGGAAGCGAGGCUCAGAACCAUUCCUGGCUUGGCGACAUGUGCGACGAGGUCUUCAAAGUCGAACUGACCACAGGCAACACCAUGAUCAUCCCAACUGGCUGGAUUCAUGCCGUAUACACACCAAUAGACACCCUGGUCUUCGGAGGCAACUUCUUGCAUUCGUACAACGUUCCAAUGCAACUCCGUGUACGCGAGAUUGAGAUCGCGACCCAUGUGCCCAAGAAGUUCAGGUUCCCGCAAUUCUCCCGGCUAUGCUGGUACGCAGCUGAAAAGUACAUCCGCGACCUGAAGGCGAAAGAGGAGUUCCCGCCGCCAGUGCUGGAAGGAAUCGAGGCCAUCGCGGAGUUCCUCGUCCAAGAGACUCGGACGAUGGAGCGGGGCACGGACGCGGCGAAACGACAGGCGAAGGAGGAAGUGCCAGGAGACCGGAUCAAAGAUCCACACGCUGUGGCUCGCGAGCUGCGGUGGAGGGCGCGACACGCGGCUGGAUACGCUAGCGAUGACGAUAGCCGAGGUCACCGGAGGACGAAGACGGCGGUGAACGGGGACACGUCUGCCAACGGCGCGUCGCACAAGCGAAAGCGGACGGGCGUGGACGCGAGCGAGGAUGGAUCGGAGUUGUUCCGGAACUUCAAGCGGCCAGGAUGGGAGAAGGUGGAGGAGCAGAAGCCGGAGAAGGAGAGCGCGCUCGCCCGGGCACCGCGACCGAAGCCGGGGACAUCGCAGUGGACAGAUGCGUGGGCGAGCUGGGAGGCGGUGGCGGAUGGUCCGGAUGGCGAGGAUGCGCAGGUGGAGCGACAGCGGGAGGUGAUCGUCAAGGUGCGGCGGACGGCGAGAGGGCUGGAAAGGCAACGGGUGGAAAGGGUGCUGGAGGAGUGGACGUGGACGAGCGCGAGCGCGAGCGGAACGUCGACCCCGCGCACGGUGCUGAAGACGGAGGGAGAGGACGUGGAGCUGGGGGACGCUGCCCCCGAACCACCUGCGGUGGCGGAGACAGGCAGCACGAACGGGACGGCAGAGGCGGACGGCGGAGGGACGAGUGCGAUGGCGGUGGACGGCGGGUGCUGA